AUAUUACAUUUCUAAGUAUAAUGGACACACAGGAAGUGGAAUGCCCACAGAUAGAUGUGUGGGUGGGUGAGGGCAUGAAAGACACAGCAAAAUAUUUCAGACUCGGCACUUCCUUUUGCUGAUGUUGUCUCACAGAACUUGGAGUUUGGUUUUAUACACAAGCUUAGUGCCAAAUUCUUUAAUCUGCAAUGGACAGGCAAGUGACAUAUGCUGAUUUAAACUUACUCAGGCAGUCAGCCCUUGGAAGUUCAUCACCCCCGGCUCUUCCUCAGGAUGCCUGUCAGAGUCCACGUUGGAAUCAAUUUGCUCUGAAACUUGGCUGUGCUGGGAUUAUUCUCUUUGCCUUGGCUGUGAUAGGGCUGAGUGCUUCAGUGAUAUUUUUAAGUCAAAAAUCAUCAAUAGAAAAAUGUCAUGUGGAUGCUCAUAAAGAGUACAGGAGUACUCAAGAGUACAGGAAUGAAACAACAGAGAGAUCAGGUCCAUUAAAGUGCCCAAUACAUUGGCAUCAACUCCAAGAGAAAUGCUUGUUUCUUUCUCACAAUUCCAGCUCCUGGAAGGACAGCUCAGCAGAUUGUUACACAAAACAGUCCAGUUUGCUACUUAUUCAAGAUGAGAAAGAAUUGAGACUCAUAAAAAGCUUGAUAAAGACUAAAGGACUUCUGUACUGGAUUGGAUUAAAUUUUACAACACCAGAGAAGAACUGGAAGUGGAUAAAUGGCUCUUUUUUAAACUCUAACAUAUUAAACAUUGAUGGUCAUACUAAAGAAAACAGCUGUGCUUCCUUCUCAAAGGAAAAAAUUUUUUCUGAAGACUGUCAUUCAGAAAAUGGAUGGAUCUGCCAAAAAGAACUAAAAUCUGUCAGAGUGUGCCCUGACACUUGACAACGUUUACAAAUCCCAUCUGAACUUCUUUACUUUCCAUUACAGAUCUCUGAACUUUUAACUGAUACUGCCUAAUAUAUGUUUAGUGACACGAAACGAACAAAUUCUGAGAAUUCUAAAACUGUUAUGGACCUUACAUAUGUUCGUAUCCAACCUACUCAUUCUAAAAAAUGAGGACAUGGAGACAUGGAGAAUACAUUUGCCAUUUUAAGAGACAGUGGUAUUUGAUGGAAAGAAGUUCAGACCAAUUGAAGGGAACUGGAUUCUUCUCCUGGCUUAUAUGUGUGACCUUCAGUGAUCCCUUCUAUGCCUUAGCUCAUCUCGAUAAAAGUUGUAGUAAAUUAUUUCUAAAGUCCUGUGCAUCUCUCAUAAUCUAUGAGAUCGUCACAUAACUGAGUGGUGGCGGAGCCUUGGUUAAAGCCCAUUUCUUGACUCUAGACCAGGGGUCUGAUAACUAAAGAGUUUGGAAAGGGACCUUAACUCUUCCCACCAUACCAAAGCUCUUCGCACUGAAUUUUCUCAUUACUUCUUUUUCCUCUAUGUCUCCUUCUUUCUCUGGCUCACACACAAGUAGUAGGUGAUGUGUAAUUAAAUAUUUCAUUAUCCUAAUAGAAAACAAGGGAUAGCUUCGAACUGCAGUUGGAGAAACUAAAGUUUUUUUUUUUUUUUUAAAGAAAUGUUUGUUCUGAAAUAGAUUUCUUACAAGUCUACUUUUCAAAAAAUGUCAUUUUCUAAUGGAAGACAAAUACAUUAUAAUCUUAGAUUUACCCUAUAAAGAGACUUAAAACAAAACUUCUGAAAAAAAUAGAUAUUUAGUUACCCUGAUAAUUCAAUGCCAAAGUGAAUUAUAUAAAUUUGAGUAUUGUACUAUAGUGACCAAGGUGCCCUGGUGGUGCAGCGGUAAAGAGCUAUGCUGCUAAUCAAAAGGUCGGCAGUCCAAAUCAACCAGCUGCUCCUUGGAAAUACUAUGGGGCACUUCUACUCUGUCCUAUAGGGUCACUAUGAAUCGGAAUCAACUCAACGGCAACAGGUGUUUUACUAUAAUGACCAAAACAACUUCCUAAUUUCCUGUGCCCCACAAAUGAAAAUUUAUAAUACUUUUCACCAAUAAAAUUUUAAUUAUAUAAAAAAAUCCAAAAUAUAAUUAAUUUUGUGCCAAUUUCUUGGAAAUAUAUUACUUAGAGAAGCAUUUUAGACAAAAGCAUCAAUAUAAAAUAAUAUACAAUAAAAAUGAGAUUUUUGAACUGUUUGACACUUUUUGGGAAGAAACCUAUAGUGACACUAGUAGAACAGAAGUCUGAAGAAAAUAUUCCCAUGAUUAGCAAUGUACGUUCCUCCCUCUUUGGAAAGAUGUUCAUAGCAACCUUCUAAAGCAACUCAGGGUAAAUCUCUCUAAGCUCAUCUAAUUAGUUCAGAAUUCAUUGCAAACUUUGACGUUUUCCUCCUCUUAUACUUGACAUAUCUGAAAUCAUGUGCCCUUAAAACAUGCAUCUAUAAGAAACUUUUACAAUGAAAGUAACCCAGAGAAGUUAGUUUAUCUGUCACUGUCAUUUGCAAUUGCAAUAUCAGAUAAUUUGCUUAGAUAACCAGAUAAUUUGUUUAAGUCUACUUACUGCUGGAUAUUGUACUGCUGACAUCACCUCUGAAACUCAAACUAUGAAGGUACGAUUACAUAAGGAAGGCAUGACUGGCUAGAUUCUAUGCAGGUUAAAAAAUACUAGGUUUAAGGAGGAAAAGUUUUAAUAGGCUAUUUACUAGAGAAAUUUUAGAUUCAGGAAAAAUUGCACAAAAAGUAGAGUCCCUGUAUACUCCUCCUCCUCCUUGCAUAGUUUCUCCUAUUAUUAACAUAUUGUAUUAGUGUGGUACUUUUGUUACAAUUAAUAAAUCAAUAUUGAUACAUUAUUAUUAACUGAAGUCUAUAGUUUACCUUAGGGUUCACUCUUUGUGUUGUAUAACUUCAUGAAUUUUGGCAAAUACAUAAUCUCACAUACCUCCCAUUAUAGUAUUGUGCAGAAUAGUUUCAUUGCCCUUAAAGUAAGUUUAUGUUUAGCUUUGUAAAAAACUGUAAGACUGUCUUCCACAGUGGCUGUACCAUUUUACAUUCCC